CGGUUUCCCUCCAAGUUGCAGUAUAAAUAAGGGUUUACCCAAAACCUAAAUCCCAUCUCUGUAAUCUCUUCACUCUUCAAUGGCUUUCUGGGGAACCGAAGUGAAACCUGGGAAGUCCUUCACACAUGUACCUCUCUAUGGAAGGCUUCAUAUAUCCCAGGCGACAUUAGGAAUGGGUAGUGGAGAACAGAAAAGCAUAGUUAAAUGUAAUAUUGGACAUAGUAAGCCGGUAUUUCUGUGUAGUUUGUUUCCUGAUAAGGCAGAGUGUUGUCAACUCAAUUUGGAAUUCGAGGAAUCUGUUGAAGUCGUUUUCUCCGUUAUUGGCCCUCGAGCUGUUCAUCUUACUGGUUACUAUCUGGGCUCUUCUUCCCUUGAUCGUUAUCACAGUGAUGGAUCAGAACCCUAUGGAGAAGAUAUUGCAGACACCGAAACAGAACGUGUCAAGAGUAGUGAAAAAAGUGAGUAUGGCGGUAGUUUUAUUGACGAUGAUGAUGAUCCACAAGUCUUCUCAUCUUCUGAAGAAUCUCCUGCUGGGUUUGGAUCAAAUGAAGAAAUGCGGGGCUUAAAGUUUAAGGGUCGCAUAGGAAAGCGUAGGAGGCUUAGGAAAAAGUACCAGAAAAGUGAAUCUGAUAAUGGAAAUUCUCAGCAAAAGGAUUUCAUCAAUGGUGUUUCUCCUAGGGAACUAUUUGACAGUGAAACUGAAAAUGCAUUGCCUAUUUCCUCACUGUUUUCAGGAAAAUGCGCAUCAAAGAGCGGAAAAGACGAUAUAGGAGGAGAAUCUAGGAAAGAAACUGGUAACCAUAACAAUAAUGAGAUUGAAGAUAAUGCUACCAUGUUAGAAGGAAUUAAUGGUGUUCAACUUGAAUGUAAAUCAGGGAUUAGGAAUGUGGAUAAGCUUGAAGAGCUGGUAAGGGAGGAAAGAUUACCGGAAGCUGAUCAUUGUGUGGUUGAAAAAGUGGUAUUGGAGCAAAAUGACCAAAAUCAAAAGCUGGCCAGUAAUGAGAUAUGUCAAUCUGAUAAUCCGUUGUUGACACCCAGUGAAGUGGGUACUGUCGAUGGAGCUAAGCUAAUUCGGAAAAGAAAGGAACACUUUGAAGACAAUGAUACCAAAGGGGAUGAGGUCUCGAAAAAUGGUUCGAAUUUAAAUUCCGUGAUCGAGGAUGUACUUAUGGAGGAUAAGGAAACCCAAACUCAUGUUAAUGAUAAUCAUUCUAAGAAGAGGAAAAAUAAGAAAAGAUUCAAGGAUGAGGGAGAGCAGGAUGGUACGAAGAUGGAACCACCAGCCCCUGAAAAGGAGCAAUCUGUUGACUUGAAUGACAAGAAUACUAAUGACCAGGAAAUUCAGCUGUCGAAUGGAAUUAUGAUUGAAGAGUUAGAAAAGGGAAAACCAAAUGGGAAAAUAGCUUCUCUUGGUAAAAAGGUCCGAGUCCAUUACACCGUAAAGUUGAAGGACAGUGGGGAAGUAAUUGAUUCAAGUGCUGACAAAGGUCACUUAACAUUCCGACUAGUUGAGGGACAAGUUCAAGAGACAUGGAAGGUUGGCAUUGAUGGCAUGCAAGUUGGUGGCAAACGUAGACUCACAGUUCCACCGUGGGUGAGGUAUGUGGAAAUCCUACUCCAAGCUCGACUCUGUACUUUUGUAUGGUCUUGAGUUUGGUUUUUGUU